AAUAAUUCCCUUACUAUUAAACAAUUAAACUUUUUUUUGGCAAAUUUAAAGACUUAAACUCAAAAUUCAAUUUCCCUUCUUAGGGACUGGACCGAGUUGGGUUCCAGACCUAAUUAUUUCUCCGUCCUGUACAAGGAGCAAUGGAAGGCGACGACGACGCAGGAAGAGAAGCCGCGAUAGCCUCGGCACCCUCUCAACUCUCCGACAAGAAGCCCAAAUCUGGCCCCACCGUUGAGCGGCUUUCGAAGUUUCAAGAAUUGCGUAGAAGGCGUUUACAGAUACAAGCAAAGUCAAAAACUAAAAGUUGCUUCAAAAAAGAGAUUGUUAAUGCACCCCGCAAAUCUCAUGAUACAGACAACAAAACUAAAGAAAGUAUAGAGUACAUGAGUAAAAAUGCUGAUGGUCUACCAGAAGACUUAGCUGUUCCAAGAAGCAGUUCAGACGAUAUUAUUCCUUCAAAUCAUCAGAAUACAGUGGUACACGAAGCGUCACACAAGCGCCAUAAAUUGCACUGGGGCCUUGGUGUGAAAAAGAGGUGGGAAAGAAAAUCAAACAUGUAGAGAUACAACAUAUCAUGUGAUUGCUACUACCACUAAUUACCUAUGGUCCAAGUUCUGUCUGAACCAGCCAUGAUUGUAUAUUGGUAAUGUGGCAUUUCUUCAGCAACCUAGUAUUGGCUCUCCAACAUAAUGAGGAAUAGCAUUAUGGUAAAGCAAAGUGCUAUGAUGUAUUGGUGGACAAGGUGAGAAUGCAGCAACACUGAAUCAUAGUUUGUUCACCUUUGAUGGUUGCUGCACUAUUGGGCUUUUUUUUGGAGGGGAGGGGGGGGGGGGGGGGUGAUUGAUUGUCAUACUGGAUGGGCAACCUUUCCAUUUAUUCAUAUCUUUAAAGGCUUUUUUUGGAAAUCUUGUCUGGAAAUUGUUGAAGUUGUCUGGAAAUCUUGUUUUGGAUUUCAGGCUUUCAGCAGCACUACUAUCAUAUAAAGUGAUGUUCUUGCUGCAUAAUGGAUUGACAUAUAUGACUAAAAAUCGUGUUUCGGAUUUCAGCAGCACCAGUAUCAUAUAAAGUGAUAUUUUUGCUGUAUAUGCUCAUUCUCAGUCCGUCUUACCCUGGCUAGUGGGGCAUUCACAAAUCACUGUGGGGUAUUCUCACUUCUUAAAUUGUGCCAGUGUAAACAAUCAAGUCUGGAAUUGGAUCACAAGUGUCACGUGUAACUGAUAAUUUUGUAGGGUGAAAACGCCAGAAAUUGUAUAGGACAUACAAGUAUAUAAUAUCAUGAAGUCGUAUGACUUAUGUGGUUUCACUAUGCAACUCUUUUUAAUAAUGGGACUUCCAGUGUAACUCUACUAUAUAAAUGAAUGUCUAUAAAAAGAUCUCAUGUACACAUAUUCUAUAGUGGAAU